GGGUGGGGGGGAGGGGAUGGAAAUCUCGUAGAAGAAUUGGAAAUCUUGCUGGGAUUCGGGAGUGCUGGUGUUACACGGCUCGGGAGAAGGACCGCGGAAGGGAGAUGAGCGGCUCUCGCUGACUGGCAGAAGGACUAGAAGAGAUUUGCCACUUUGCGGGGAGCCCGAAGGUUGGUUUGGUACCAAACUGUUGUUUCUCCCCCUUUCGUCUUCUGGUUAACACUAAAUCCUACAGCAUUAAAGAAACCCGAAGUGUUGCCCACGUGUAGCCGGUGGCUCGCUGCUUUGUGUCUUUGGUUUUGUUUUGUUUUUUAAGGUGAUUCUCCUCAAGAAACUGACAAAACUUCCUCCCUUCACCCGGAGGCUUUUUGAGGUCUAGAACUGGAAUGGAGCUGCUUCGGUCCCAAACACUACAUGUUGUCUGAGGGGGAGCCAGGACGAAAACAUCGUGUUUGCUGAUCGUGAUACGACUCCCCAGCACUGGGCACCCACCAGGGGUGAUGCUUCACGGAGCUUGAUGUGGAAAAGUGAAGUUGGAGAGUGCUCAGAGACUUCAUCGUGUCCAGCAGCUUAAUUGUUGACUUGUUUUAUUUUCUUUUUUUCUUUUUAAUUGGAUUCGUAGCAUACUUUUAUGAAUUAAAUUUUGCCACCGUUUGUACAGAAGCCAAAUGACACGUGUGUUUUGAAACACGGUUCCAAAUACAUCCAUCCAUCCCUCAAACCGGAUUCUCGCUAGGAAGAGUCAGAGGGAGCUCGCCAGAGCCUAAAGAAAUCUGAUUUUACUCUUUUCCUGAACACUUGCCUGCUGCAGAAAUGUUGCUAUAGAUUGCUUUAUAGCGGUUCGGCAAGAAGGGAGAUUUUUCCAGCUUGCAGGACCUAGGAAACUGGAUGCUUAAAGUCACUUAAAUGUUUUAACAGCGUUGGAAAAUGGGAGCUGCUACUAAGUUGGCGUUCGCUGUUUUUCUUAUCUCUUGCUCUUCAGGUGCCAUCCUUGGCAGAUCAGAAACACAAGAGUGCAUCUACUACAACGCUAACUGGGAGAAAGAUAAAACAAACCGCAGCGGUAUCGAGCCUUGCUACGGUGAUAAAGAUAAAAGACGACACUGUUUUGCUACGUGGAAGAAUAUUUCUGGAUCAAUUGAAAUUGUGAAGCAAGGGUGCUGGCUAGAUGACAUCAAUUGUUAUGACAGGAAUGACUGCAUAGAGAAGAAGGACAGCCCUGAGGUCUUCUUCUGUUGUUGUGAAGGCAACAUGUGCAAUGAACGCUUCUUCUACUUUCCAGAGAUGGAGGUCACACAACCAACUUCCAAUCCUGUUACACCUAAGCCACCUCUGUUCAAUACCUUGCUGUAUUCAUUGGUGCCUAUAAUGGGAAUUGCAGUGAUCGUGCUCUUUUCCUUUUGGAUGUACAGACACCACAAGCUGGCAUAUCCUCCAGUACUUGUUCCAACCCAACACGCCUUUCAUAUAAUGAUUGAGGAUCCUGGACCACCACCACCUUCACCUCUGAUGGGUUUGAAGCCGUUGCAGUUACUGGAGAUGAAAGCCCGGGGAAGAUUUGGUUGUGUGUGGAAAGCUCAACUACUCAAUGAGUAUGUGGCAGUCAAAAUAUUCCCCAUUCAGGACAAACAGUCGUGGCAGAAUGAGUAUGAAAUUUACAGCUUGCCUGGCAUGAAGCACGACAAUAUCCUGCAGUUCAUUGGGGCAGAGAAGAGAGGCACCAGCAUUGAUGUGGACCUCUGGUUAAUUACAGCCUUUCAUGAAAAGGGUUCACUAACAGACUUCCUCAAGGCUAACGUGGUCUCUUGGAACGAGCUGUGUCACAUCGCUCAGACUAUGGCUAGAGGCUUGGCUUAUCUACACGAGGAUAUACCAGGGCUGAAAGAUGGGCACAAACCUGCCAUCUCACACAGGGACAUCAAAAGCAAGAAUGUGCUGCUGAAAAACAACCUGACAGCCUGCAUUGCUGAUUUUGGUCUGGCUUUAAAGUUUGAGGCUGGCAAGUCUGCAGGGGAUACACACGGACAGGUUGGCACACGUCGCUACAUGGCUCCUGAGGUGCUAGAAGGUGCUAUCAACUUCCAGAGGGAUGCAUUCCUGAGGAUAGACAUGUAUGCCAUGGGACUGGUCCUCUGGGAGCUGGCGUCGCGCUGCACCGCCUCCGACGGCCCAGUGGAUGAGUACAUGCUGCCCUUCGAAGAGGAGAUUGGCCAGCAUCCCUCCCUGGAAGACAUGCAGGAAGUUGUAGUUCACAAAAAGAAGAGGCCUGUUCUCAGAGAGUGCUGGCAGAAACAUUCUGGCAUGGCGAUGCUGUGCGAGACCAUCGAGGAGUGCUGGGAUCACGACGCGGAGGCCCGGCUGUCGGCAGGCUGCGUGGAGGAGCGGAUCAUCCAGAUGCAAAAACUGACUAACAUUAUCACGACAGAGGACAUCGUGACUGUGGUCACAAUGGUGACAAACGUUGACUUUCCUCCCAAAGAGUCCAGUCUAUGAUAGUUGCACUGGGCACACCUCCCUGGCCGCCAGGACUCUUCACCGGAGCUGCUAAAGCUAGAGCGGGGCCUGCCGCCGGCAGCGCUGUUUGCUGGGUGAGACGAGGGGUAAGUCUCUCUGGAGCAUCAUCAAGAGGUGUUUGUCCUUUCGUUUUAUCUCCUCCCUUUCCUCCUCCCGAGCGUGGAUCCGUGGGACGUUGUGCAUUCCCUGCUCGCACCUGAAGGCCGCGGGGGGGGCCGAGCGAGGACGCCGCCGGAGGAGCCGCGAGGGAAGGCGCCGGCUGGACCUGCGGUGGCUGACCCGAAAGCCUUUUACAGACUGACACCCAGGUUUCUUAACUCCUGUCAGAAGAGACUGAUCCCUUACCACAUGAACUGCUGGUGUUGCUAUUGUUAUUAUUUUAUUUUUGGGGGUU